AUGAUCACAGACCAUAGGGUCCAAGUUCCGCCAACAGAGCAACAGCACCGAUAUCCUCCCGCCGCUUCCUCGUCGCCGGCACGCCAAUCAAUGCCAUUCAAUACAGAUGCAACACCAUCAGCAAGUGAUAAUGAUCUCAUUAGCUACAUAGUACAUACGGAUACGAAUGGCGUCAGCGAUCUACGAUUGCAAGUCAGUCAAGAAGCAUCGUCUAGCAAACAACCUCUGCACCCAGUAUACUUUCGCGAACGGGCUCUGACAGAGCGUCAUGAGAUUGUCGACAGCAUCAUAGAUGCAAAUACGGGCGCCACGUCAUGGACGAUCCAUCGGCCAACGAGAGGGUGGUAUCUGUAUCUACGCUCUCCUGCUAUGCCGCCCGGGACCGCAAUCUCGUUUCGCUCGGACUCUGGCGACAAUUAUGAUCCAACCGCGACUCCACUUUCCUUCUCACUGAAUACGAGAGUCAGGAUGCACGCACUCGAAUUUUGUCGAGCUCGCAUCAGCACCUCCUCUGAUAGCUUACGACAUCAAGGUGAUGACAUUGCGGCAGCGACUACAAGUAGAGAAUCCAAUGGCACAUGCCACGGAGUUACUGUGCGCCUUGAAGAAGACGUGGGUGCCCAACGAAACGAAGUACAAGAUGUAGCAGUAGCUGUGACAGGGCGACAAGAUCGUAAGUCAUCAUCAGGUGGACAUACAAGAAGAAGAAGCGGCGCUACUGGCUCAGCCACCAAUUUGCUCGACUCUCGGCAGCCAAGUAAGCGUGCCAGCUCAACCAUCGCGAAAAGUCCCAGGAUUCCAGAGACGGAUGACGAGCCUGCUACGCCUGCCUCCCAGCCACGCAACCACCUGCCGCCAUCACGUCUUGCAAUUCCGGCCGCAUCCACACCAUCUGCAUCCUUACCGCAAUCACCAAGUGGAGACCGGCCCUACUCGCCCUCGUUGGCUUCGACGCCCAGCCUGCCAGCCUCGCCUUUGGCACCUCACGUGUCGACUUUCCUGUUGACCGACGGGCAGGGCCCAAACUCGAAAGCCACUACACAAAGCUGGGUACGCUGGGCGUGCUCGAUACUUCCGGCUGAGAUUCGACCGUCCCUGUCGCUGGAUGCCGAUAAAUCUUUCAGUCUCCACUGGCUCAAUCCGCCCGCCACUACACAACAAGCCACAACAGCCAAAAGCGUUGAGGUGGUCCGGUUUCAAGAUCAAAGCGGACGAUGGAUGUGGAACUCUCAUACUCGCGGCAGGCUGACACUACAGACUAGCGCUAUGCAAGCCGUAGGUCUACCGAAAGAAUUUUGGAUUUCUGCUGCCUUGGCUUAUAUUCAGUUCCUUGAGGACAAGGACGCAUAUGAAGCUGCUAGAGACGCAUGA